CCCUUGAAAUGGAUAUCCACUUUUGGUUGGGUAAAGAGAGUUCACAGGAUGAAGAAGGUGUGGCAGCCUUUAAGACUGUGGAACUGGAUGAUUAUUUAGGAGGAUCACCAGUACAACACAGAGAAGUUCAGGAACAUGAAUCUGCACAGUUCCUAGAAUACUUCAGAAAUAAAAAAGGAAUCAGGUACAUGAAGGGUGGCGUAGCAUCUGGAUUCAAGCAUGUUGGAACCAAGGUUUUAGAACCCUACUUACUUCAUGUAAAAGGAAAGAGAACUGUCAGGACCACCGAGGUGCCAAUCAGUUGGGACUCCAUGAACGAAGGAGAUGUCUUUCUGUUGGACCUGUUCAAUGUUAUAUUUGUCUGGAUUGGGAAGGAUGCAAACAGAACUGAGAAAAUCAAGGGCAUGGAAAUUGCCAGACAGUUAAAAGAUGAGCACAAAAACUGUGACGUUGUCACUGUGGAAGAUGGACAGGAGGAUAAGAUGACACCAGAUGAACUUAAGGUUUUUGAGAAACAUCUUCCUUUGAAGAGUAAGAAAGUGCACAAAGCAGCAGCAGCAGGAGCAGAUGAAGAAGUGGUGGCGAAGAUGGGGCAGAUUAAACUUUAUGUCUGUACUGAUGAGGGUGGUACCCUUAAAGUGCAAGAAAAGAAGAGUGGACCUCUAGUUAAAUCAGACUUAGACUCCAAUGACUCAUUCAUUAUAGACACUGGGGAGGCAGGCCUCUGGGUCUGGAAUGGAAAGAAGGCCACAAAGAAAGAGAAAGAUGAGGCAAUGAGGAAUGCUAAUGGGUAUAUUAAAAAGAAAGGCUACAGUAAAAACACCCCCGUGACCCGAGUGAUUGAGGGCGGAGAGGGAACUCGCUUUAAAAUGUUGUUCAAAUCCUGGCCUGAGCCCCAAGCCUCUGGAAAGGUGUACCGCACAAGCAAAAUUGCUGACACCAAAACAGUGCAGACUAAGUUUGACGUGGCUACUCUUCACUCCAACCCCACCCUGGCUGCUGAGACUCAAAUGGUGGAUGAUGGAACUGGGAAAGUGGAGGUGUUUGUUGUUCACAACUUUGACUUAGUUGCACAGGAUAAAAAACACUAUGGUCAGUUCUUUGCUGGAGACUGUUAUGUUAUUCUUUACACAUAUGAAGUGGGUACCCAGACAAGACAUCUGAUUUACUACUGGCAGGGCCUGAAAUCCACCACUGAUGAGAAGGGUACGUCAGCAUUAAAGGCAGUGGAGCUGGAUGACAAGUAUGGGGGAGAGCCAGUGCAGAUCCGUGUUGUACAGAACAAAGAACCACCACAUUUCAUGGCCAUGUUCAAAGGGAGAAUGAUUAUAUUUUCGGGAGGGAAAGCAGGCUGGGGCCAGACAGGAGGAAAUGAUGGUCCUGGAGACUCCUACUUAUUGCAAGUCCGAGGGACAUCACCCGCCAACACCAAGGCUAUACAGGUUGAUUUAAGAGCAGCCUCUUUGAAUUCCAAUGAUGUCUUUGUUCUUUUCCAAAAGGGAGCAGUAUAUAUCUGGUGUGGCAAGGGAAGCACUGGUGAUGAGCGAGAGAUGGCCAAACAUGUCUCCAAAAUAUCUCCCAGGGAGCCUAUCCUGGUAUUUGAGGGGACUGAAAAACCCGAUUUCUGGAAAGCCAUUGGAGGUCAAGAGGCUUAUUCCAGUGAUAAGAUACUUCAGGAACCAGAUAUAGAUCGUCCUCCUAGACUAUUUCAGUGUUCUAAUGCAUCAGGCAGGUUCAUUAUGGAAGAAAUUACUGAUUUCACUCAACAAGAUCUUGUGACUGAUGAUGUCAUGUUGCUGGAUGCCCAGCAGAAUGUGUUUAUAUGGGUGGGAGAGGGAGCCAAUAAAGAAGAGAAGACACAAGCUGAAAAGGCUGCAUUUGAAUAUAUUAAUACAGACCCUACAGGCCGUGAUCCAGAUACACCAGUGUUGAAAAUAAAGCAAGGGUUUGAACCUCCAAAUUUUACAGGGUUCUUUGGCACUUGGGACAAAGAUAUGUGGAGUAAGGGCAAAACAUUUGAAGAGUUGAAGGCAGAGCUAGGGGCGGAAAAUGUUGGUGUUAAGUCUGUUGACCAGAGUAACAUGAAUGGCAGCACAAACUUCAGUGAUGUUCCCAAGUAUUCCCUAGAGCAACUCCAGUGUAAGGAGGGUGAGGGGCUACCAGAGGGUGUGGAGGCUGCGUCCAAAGAGAUAUACCUGACUGAGGAAGUGUUUCAGAGUACCUUUGGCAUGAACUAUCAGAAUUUCAUGGAAUUGCCAGUGUGGAAACAGGCUCAGCUGAAGAAGCAGCACAAGCUUUUCUAACUUCAACCUCACUGUGCAGUCAGACUAUAGGCCUUUUGUAGCUUUUGGACAGAGUUUUUCAUUUUACAGAUUUUAUUACUCUAUAGACAGUGUAUUUUGUAAUAGAACAAAUUAUUGAAUAGAUUAUUGCCAUUUGGCUAAUAUGUUAUACAAGUAGAUUAAAUAUUGCAUAAGUUGUUAAAAAUGAUUAAUGAAUUAGAAAAUAAUUCUUUGCAAGGAUGCUCUCAGUAUAUCUUUAUAUUGAAAACUUUAGUGUAGAAGUCACAUUAACCCACCAUUUGCACAUCAUCUGGCAUAUCUCCAUUGUAUUUUAUAAUAAUAUUAGAAGUAUGUGUGGAAGGCAGUCCAUAAAGUAACACAAUCCCUGCUGAUGAUGAUUAUUGUAAAAACCACCACAAACUGUUCCAUCCAAAGUUGUUGUUAUUAGAAACAAAUGAGACUUUUUAUUAGCCAUUCCAGAUUGCUUUAUGGUGGGAAACGACAAUUGUUUCUUUUUUAACUAUUCAGUAAAGCAAGCUGUGGAAGUAUUUUUGUUACAUGAACAAUUCAGCAUUACGGAGGAUUUGUGAUUGGUUUUCAUUCUGACAAUUUGAAAUAAGUGCUGAUGGCUUGGUUGCAUCCGUUAUCUGUAUUGAAGGGAGGCAUUUCAAAAUCUGCCAAACAAUUUUGUAAUGUUACAUCUUUGAGACAAUAGCAUUAGUCUUGUAUUACUUAUACAAGCAUUAUUACAUGUCAAAACUAUCUGGGCGUUUCUUAUUAGAAUUAAUACUAGUGGUUCUGUGUAAUGAAGCAAAUGAUCUGUUUGUGAUAUGCUCAUUCUUGUACAAACUGGCUGAAGUGUAGUCAACUUCUGAAGUGUGGAUUUAAAUGAUAUUUACUGUUCUUAUAGUAUUAAGUAUAAGAUGCUGAAUCAGUUUAUAGAAGUGCUUACUGUAAAGCCAUUUAUGGUCUUUUCCAUGUUUUCAAACAGGGUUCCCUUUUUUGUUAACCAUUUUCUUUUUACAAUUCUUUUGGAGCUGAUAAGUUUUGUAUACCAAGGGACAUAGUUACAGACAUAAUAGAUGGAUAUAUUGUUAUCACAGGGUCAUGUUAGUGCAACCUUUCCACCAAUUUGAUGCCACAAACUUUCCAAGCACAUCGGACAUCAGUUGUUUUGAUGUAUACUGCUUGAAAAAGAAGUCUUGUGUUGGAGUUUAUACUUUUUUAUAUCUAAAAGGAUUUUUUCUUUUUUUCUGUACUGUCUCAAUAAUUUAUAGGCAGUCAACUCAUUUAUGCCAAGAUAUAUUAUAUAUCUUCACAACUACAUUUUUUGUAGAUAAAAGGGGCUUUCUGUCCCACACAUGCUUUAAACACAUAAAAUUAUAUAUUUAUUCUUUAAAAAAUCUAUUGCAAUAUACCCAAUUGCUUCAUAUUUUUGUAUUGAAAUUAUUGCAAUAAUUAGUCUCUUCUUACCUUUCUGGUUGAAGGGUUUCUUAUUUUGAAAUCUGUACUAGCAUAGGAAAUAAAAUAUAUAAGUUACAA